AUGAACUUUCAAAGACUGUAUUGGGGGGAUGAGGCAAUAUCAAAGGAGUCGGAGAGUGUGAUGUUAAACUCGUUGCCGGUGGAGAGAGGGCUCUCCGAAUUUGAGUUGAGCUUUGAGUUUGUACACGGUCCCGCAGUUGUAAAGUUCGUAGCCGGGCGGGCUAGUCUGAUUUGGUCAACGUCCGGAAAGAGACGUCUGGAAGGCCUGAUUGAAGAUCUUGCGGGCUGGAACGAUAGGAUUAGGCGCGUUAUCGAAGAUGUCAUAUGGAUGAGUCUUUUGACAGCCUUCCAAGUACAAAGUGUUGCCGAAAACCCUGAUACAAAGACACUCGGCUUGGGAACGAGUGCGAAGAUGAGGAAAUUGAUACUGGUUAGUGACACUGCGUCGGACUUACUUAUUCCCUAUCACAAAGUCAAGAACCAGGUCACAGGGGUUGGAGGAGGCUCUGGGAGUUUGCGGAUGGCCGAGGUAGACGACAAUCCCGUUCUUUUGGAGUACAAAGACUACGGACCAGACAAUAAUGGCAACAUUCCCGAUAUUACCGUUAGACAAGUUCGCCAAUUGACCACCCUCCUUCACAGCCAGGAGGAUGCAGGUUUCAGAGUCCUCCCGUGCAGAGGAUACACCAAUGAUCGUGCAGGGUCAAGAUUGGGAUUUGUUUACGACGUACCAUCUGGGGCACUACCGAAACCAUUGACACUUGAGUCAGCACUCAACUUGAGCUCUUCUAGAUCGAAGAAACCAUCAGUAACUGCUCGUCUAAAGCUAGCAUACAACCUUGCGGAGUCUCUUUACCUAUUACAUACAGUUGGAUGGGUGCACAAAAACCUGAACAGUGAGAGUAUUGUCUUUUUUACGCCAGAAAAGAGCUCCACCGGUUCUUCUAGGAGCAUCUACGAAGCACAUGGAUUGUUGGCUUCGAAUAUAGUCGUCAGGACUCACUAUCUGCCGAAAUGGGGUUUUAGGUUGACUAUCAUCUGGAGGUAUCGCCAUUGGGAACGCUGGGGAAAGCCAACUGCUCGCUCUGCAAAGAUACACGACAUAUAUGGUGAGCCUCCAGAUGACAGUGUGAUCUUUCUCGAGAUCGGACUCUGGGCAAGCGCAAAAACACUAUCGAGGGAUGGCUUCCAGUCCCACAGUUAUGAUCGUGAAUACGUCAGAGAUGCGCUACGGAAGUCGGCCCAAGGUAAGCUAGGAUUCGCAAUGGGCGAAAGAUAUGAGAGUUUGGUUUUGUUGUGCUUGGAAGGCAGAGAAGAAAGGUUUGGGGUGGAGAACGAUGACAAGUUGGAUACUCAGUUGCAGAAAGAGUUUCGAGAGAGGAUUGUCGAGGUAUUAAAGCUUGCAAGUGAAUGCGUCUAG